UUUUGUCCUUGCAGAGAUGUCGGGGACGGUGGCAGACAUCUCAUUGGUGCACUGGAAGCAGCAGUGGUUGGAGAACGGCACCCUGUACUUCCAUGUCUCCAUGAGCAGCGCCGAGCAGCUCUCCAGGGCCACUCCUCCCAGCCUCCAGGAGCCUUCCGAGAUCGUGGAGGAACAGAUGCACAUCCUUCAUAUCUCCGUCAUGGGUGGGCUGAUCGCUCUGCUCCUGCUCCUCUUGGUCUUCACAGUGGCCCUGUACGCCCAGCGGCGCUGGCACAAGCGCCGCCGCAUCCCGCAGAAGAGUGCCAGCACCGAGGCCACCCACGAGAUCCACUACAUCCCCUCGGUGCUGCUGGGCCCCCAGGCCCGAGAGAGCUUCCGCAACUCUCGCCUGCAGGCCCACAACUCGGUCAUCGGCGUGCCCAUCCGUGAGACCCCCAUCCUGGAUGACUACGAGGAUGAGGAGGAGGAGGAGACGCCGCAGCGGGCAGAACCCAGCACCAGGGAGGAUGAGUUUGGCAGCCAGGUGACGCGGACGCUGGAGAGCCUGGGCCGGGGCGGGGAGGAGAAGCCUGACUACGAGAAGAAAGCUCCCGAAGUGACUCAGGAGACGGUGGAGUCCCUGAUGCAGAAGUUCAAGGAGAGUUUCCGCACCAACACUCCCAUCGAGAUCGGGCAGCUCCAGCCCGCGCUGCGCAGCACUUCUGUGGGGAGACGCAAACGCCGGAGCCGACCCCGAGGUGGCAUCGGCUUCGGUCGUGCCAAAGGGAACUCUGGCUCAGAGGCGGAUGAUGAAACCCAGCUCACCUUUUACACCGAGCAGUACCGGAGCAGGAGGCGAAGCAAAGGUUCGAUGAAAAGCCCUGUCAACAAGACAGCCCUGACUCUGAUUGCCGUCAGCUCCUGCAUCCUGGCCAUGGUGUGCGGCUCGCAGCUCUCCUGUCCGCUGACUGUCAAGGUGACACUUCAUGUCCCCGAGCACUUCAUUGCUGAUGGCAGCAGCUUCGUUGUGAGUGAGGGGAGCUACCUGGACAUCUCUGACUGGCUGAACCCAGCCAAGCUGUCCCUUUAUUAUCAGAUCAAUGCCACGUCUCCCUGGGUGAGAGAUCUCUGUGGCCAGAGGACCACCGAUGCCUGUGAACAGCUGUGUGACCAAGAGACAGGGGAGUGCAGCUGUCAUGAAGGCUACGCCCCGGACCCCAUGCAUCGCCACCUGUGUGUGCGCACUGACUGGGGACACAGUGAAGGGCCGUGGCCCUACACCACACUUGAGAGAGGAUACGACUUGGUCACAGGAGAGCAAGCACCGGAGAAGAUACUCAGGUCCACCUAUAGUCUGGGACAAGGCCUGUGGCUGCCUGUCAGUAAGAGCUUCGUGGUGCCCCCCGUGGAGCUCUCUAUCAAUCCUCUUGCCAGCUGCAAGACAGAUGUUCUGGUGACGGAAGAUCCGGCAGAUGUCAGGGAAGAAGCGAUGCUGUCCACCUACUUUGAAACCAUCAAUGAUUUGCUCUCCUCUUUCGGGCCGGUCCGGGACUGCUCCCGCAACAACGGCGGCUGCACCCGCAACUUCAAGUGCGUUUCGGAUCGCCAGGUGGAUUCGACGGGCUGCGUGUGCCCUGAGGACCUCCGGCCCAUGAAGGAUGGCACCGGCUGCUAUGAUUACUCCAAAGGCAUCGACUGCUCAGACGGCUUCAACGGCGGCUGUGAGCAGCUCUGCCUGCAGCAGACCCUCCCCCUGCCCCACGACCCCUCCUCCAGCACCAUCUUCAUGUUCUGCGGGUGUGUGGAGGAGUACAAGCUGGCCCCUGAUGGCAAGUCCUGCCUCAUGCUGUCUGACAUCUGCGAGGGCCCCAAGUGCCUGAAGUCGGAUGCCAAGUUCAACGACACACUCUUUGGGGAGAUGCUGCACGGCUACAACAACAGGAGCCAACACGUCAACCAGGGCCAGGUGUUCCAGAUGACUUUCAGGGAGAACAACUUCAUCAAGGACUUCCCACAGCUGGCUGAUGGGCUGCUGGUCAUCCCGCUGCCCGUGGAGGAGCAGUGCCGUGGAGUGCUGUCUGAGCCCCUGCCCGACCUCCAGCUCCUCACUGGAGACAUCAAGUAUGACGAGGCGAUGGGUUACCCCAUGGUGCAGCACUGGCGGGUCAGGAGCAACCUGUACCGCGUGAAGCUCAGCUCCAUCACCCUCUCUUCAGGCUUCGCCAACAUCCUGAAGAUCCUGAGCAAAGACAGCAGCCGGGAGGAGCUGCUCUCCUUCAUCCAGCAGUUUGGCUCCCACUACAUCGCUGAGGCUCUGUACGGCUCCGAGUUCAGCUGCACCAUCCACUUCCCCAGCAAGAAGGUGCAGCAGCAGCUGUGGCUCCAGUACCAGAAAGAAACAACUGAGCUGGGGAACAAGAAGGAAUUGAAAUCCAUGCCAUUCAUCACCUAUCUCUCGGGCUUGCUGACAGCGCAGAUGCUUUCUGACGACCACCUCAUCUCAGGUGUGGAGAUCCACUGCGAGGAGAAGGGGCGCUGCCCGUCCACGUGCCACUUGUGCCGGCGCCCAGGCAAGGAGCAGCUCAGCCCCACGCCGGUCCUGCUGGAGAUCAACCGCGUGGUGCCCCUGUAUGCCCUGAUCCAGGACAACGACACCAGGGAGGCUUUCAGAGGCGCGCUGAUGAGCUCAUAUUGGUGCUCUGGGAAAGGCGACGUGAUCGAAGACUGGUGCAGGUGUGACCUCAACGCCUUCGAUGAGAACGGGCUCCCGAACUGCAGCCCCCUCCCUCAGCCUGUCCUGCGGCUGUCCCCCAGUGUGGAGCCCUCCAGCACUGUGGUCUCCCUGGAGUGGCUGGAUGUGCAGCCUGCCAUUGGGACGAAGGUGUCCGACUACGUCCUGCAUCACAAGAAGGUGGAUGAGUACACAGACACAGACCUCUACACAGGAGAAUCUUUAAGCUUUGCAGAUGAUUUGCUUUCUGGCCUUGCAACAUCCUGUGUGGCAGCGGGUCGGAGCCAUGGAGAUGUCCCUGAAACCAGCCUCUACUCAGUCAUUUUCAAGUGCCUGGAACCAGACGGUCUCUACAAGUUCACUCUGUAUGCGGUGGACACACGAGGGAGACACUCUGAGCUGAGCACGGUCACCCUGAGGACAGCCUGCCCACUGGUAGAUGACAGCAAGGCAGAAGAGAUAGCUGACAAAAUCUACAACCUCUACAAUGGCUACACCAGUGGGAAGGAGCAGCAGACAGCCUACAACACACUGAUGGAGGUCUCUGCUUCCAUGCUGUUCCGAGUCCAGCACCACUACAACUCCCACUAUGAGAAAUUUGGAGACUUUGUCUGGCGUAGCGAGGACGAGCUGGGGCCCAGGAAGGCACACCUGAUCCUACGGAGGUUGGAGAAAGUCAGCAGCCACUGCUCAACACUGCUCCGCAGCUCCUACAUCCAGAGCCGCACCGAGACCAUGCCCUACCUGUUCUGCCGCAGCGAGGAGGUCCGGCCUCCUGGCAUGGUGUGGUACAGCAUCCUAAAGGACACCAAAGUCACGUGCGAGGAGAAGAUGGUCUCCAUGCUGCGCAACACCUACGGGGAGUCCAAGGGGCGGUGAGGGACGGUGCCGGCCUGGAGCUGUGGGAGGCAGAGGGACUCCGAGGAGUCGAGGACUCGUGAUGUGCUGAGUGCUGCUGGGGUUCGGGGACGGGAGGUGUUCGGAGGGGUGAAAGGGGACAGCGAGGCCAAGCAGGACUUUCUCACACCAAUGGCAGAGAAACGCAAAAUCUGCAAGUUGGACUUUAAUUUCCUUUCCUUUCGUUUUUUAAUUUUUCCAGAGGAAACAAACAAACAAACAAACAAAAACCACAACAAAAACCAACCAACCAACAAAAACCCAACACCUGAUUUGACUCAGCGUAAAAGUCUCUCCUUUUUAAUCUUUUCUUACUGAAUUUCCUGGACUACACACUCCGAAACGCUGGGAGGAGGCGAUACCCGCAGGAGGUGAGAACCUGAGCAGGGGAAUUGCUGGGCCUGGGGAUCCCCUGCCCACCCAGAGCCGUGGGACCAGGAAUUUGGUGCCAUGUUGGCCGAGGACGCCAGGAGCAUCCCAGCUGUGAGCGCGUGGCCCAGAGGUGGAUGCCAGGCAGGUGCCAGGACGUUGUGGACACGCUGGGGGUUUUUUACCACUCCAAAGUAGCAGAAUGGCUCCGUGCCUUCGUUCGCAAGGCUCCCGGCAGCUCGUUCUGUGCAUUAAAGGUUCAUAUUAAGUCCAUCUCCGUGCUUCCUUUGGUGUUUCUUCCUGAUGCUGUCUCGCCGCUGCUUCAGCCGGGAGGAGAGGACUUCCCCAAUGGCCAACCCCAAUGACCAGAGACCGGCGCUGACCCUGAGAGCAGGCACUGGGAGAGGAGGGGAAAGUGCAGCCUCUGUGUAGGGUCCUGGCCCUGCCCAGCACCCAUCCCAGCUCCUCUGGGAGCUUCAGAUAUGUGGGAAAGCCCAAGAAGGAAGCCAGGGGCUAAAAAGACAUGGAGAAUCUGGUUUCUUUUACUGUCAGAUGUGGGUUAGGCUGGCCCGGGAUCUGUGUGGGUAAUGGAUUUUUCAGUCUGGUCGCCAAACCAGUAAGUGCAGGAGGGUGAGAGGAAAAAAAACAACAAAAAUCAGAGCAGCCCAAAGCUAUUGCUUUUUCUUUCUUAAAGCAAAACAGCAAACCUGGAGGGGGGCUGGAGGGAGAAAAGGAAACACUGUGGGCUGAAUGAAUCAGUUCAGUCAGCCCAAAGCAAACAGUUCUGUUUGUUUUUUUUCCAGGUUAUUUAACCCUUUAAAGUAAAAGAAAACAAGCAGGAGGUGAGUUUCAAAGUGGACAUGUUUUGAAUCCAAAAAAAGGUGCAGGAUUUGAUGUGGAGGAAGUUCAGCCAGGCUUAUCCUUCUCGAGAUAAACCUCUUUGCAUGCUUUGGAUAAUUGUGGUCGUGUCUCCCACAUUGCUCUUGUUUUUUUCCUUUGGUCCUGUCUCUUCAUUUGUCUUGACCCACGUGGAUGCUGCAGGUUGGGGAGCCCUCCAGCACCUGGUCAGUGUCCUGCUGGAGCUCACAGGGGAGCCUUUGGAGCAAGAGCACCACAGGUUGCCUAGAGGCCCUUUUUUUUUUUAGCUAAAAUCCUUUUUCCUGAUUUGGUGUUCCUGGGGAUGGAGGGGACAACCUCAGCUUGCUGCAGCCCAAUGCACACUUGCAUUUCCUUGCCUGGGUUUGAUGAGCCCCAGUGCAUCUCAAUGCCAUCCUGCCUCUAAGUGCCACUGGCCUCGUCCAGAGUCAGCUCCCAAAUCUUGCACCUCUGGAAGUGGGUAGCUCUACUCGGAGAUGAGGUGUUGCAGCAUUAUUUGCACAGCUUGGCUAUUGUGUGAAGCAAAACAAAGCAAAAACCCUCAGAUUGCAAAUGUGCUGAUGUCCCAGCCUGAUGUCCCAGCCUGAUGUCACUGAGUGACACUGCUGGCAAUUUCUGCGAUGCCAAUGACACUGCAGAUGGGAAUAUUGUGGUGGUUACAGGACUAACGCUAUUAUGGGAUGCCUGACUGCCACGAGGGCAGUGUUGUAGGAACUGGGAGUGGGGACCACACUCCAAAGCCCACUCACAUCCUUGGUGAUGCUGAUGGCAGCACGGGGGGAAUGCAGCAGGCGGAUGUGCUGGGGCAGAGUGGCAGAGAGCAUUUGGCAGCCGUUCAGCUGUCGAGGAGCACACUGAGCUCUCAUCUCAGUGCCAGCCCCAGGCAGACUGUGGCCACGGAUGCUGCCCGGCGCAGCCGACCCAAGCCAAACAAACCCGAGGAAUUCGUCGAGGUUACACAUGCUUGGGCUCACGGCUGAAAGGAAGGUUCUGUGUUUUCUAGCUGGAAAUUUGGGAGAAUGUAACCAUCAGGCUUUCAAGAUAAACAGUUGCAGUCACAGCUCAGCAAUGCGUGCCCGCAUGCAGUGUGCACUGCAGCCAUCCUCCUGGGUGCAUUGGAGGGAAGGAGCAGCACGAGGGGCUUCCUCUGCAGGCAUUGCUCACCCAGCACCUUCCAUGUGCUCACACUCCUGUCAUACCCAUCCACACCAGCCCUGGUUUUUUUUCCUUUUUUUUUUUUUUUCCAGUCUAACAAAGGGACGUGGGCUCCAGCUAAGAUGGGAAGCUUGCAUGCUUCUUAAAAAUAAAUGUACAGCUGGGAGGCAGGGGGUAGCUUCCAUAAGGUAAGCUGGUAGGUAAUAUCUUCGUAGGAAGGGGGUGAGAGUGGCUGCUGGCACCAGUUCUACAUUCACUGCAAGUAAAAUGAUCAGAAGGCUGCGGAUAGCAGGUGACAAGACUUGGUAUCUACAAAAAAAAAAAA